CCGGAGGCUCCGACCGGACAACAGAAAGGCAAGGGGAGAGCAAACCCCGGAUGAUCAUGGCGGCAGCAACGUCCUCGCAAGGCCCAGCGUUUUACCUGCGGCACGUCGACCCGACGGUUUGAAACCGUUCCUUCUCGGAAAUCACUUCAGCGCCGUUAGUAUACAAUCCACCCGUCAGUUCUUGCUGCCCGAAAACACUUCCCCCCCCCCCACCAACCGUCAGCAACGAUCACCAAGCGCGCGAUGGCCGAGCAGCCGCUGGCCAAGAUGGUGGAGAUCGCUGUGCGGGCGUUCGCUUCGGAAGAAGGCGAUGCUGCGCAGCAAAGCUCCAAAACCGUCGAGGAUGAGGAUGAGGACUCCAAUCCCACAAGAAAACGCCGGAGGGUGGAAGUGGAACCCCAUGAUGCGGAAGAAGACAGCAUUCAGACCCUCCUGUACACAGCCAGCAAGUCUCUUUGCCUGCGACUGGACACCAUCGAAUCCCACCUCAGCUCCAUGGAGGACAAAUGCAAGUGCCUGAGGGCCAAGGUGGACCUGCUGGUUGGCCCAGGCUCGGUGCGGAGCAACCCCGGGCACCGAGCCCCUGGGGACCGCCAGGGACCGGGGACACGCAGUUCAACCACCCCACCGCCUCAGACAUCCCCCCAAGAUCCCGCAGAGGAAGAUCCUGCGCCCAAGGAGUUUGGGGACACGGCCCGUGCCAGCCAGGACCUGGGGGAGAUGGGCGAAGGCCAGCUGGGGAGCCUGCAGGGCCUCGGGCCUGGGGUACACAUCGUCACCCUGUGCGCCGACGGCAGGGGCAGCGAGGGUGAGGACCGGGUGGAUGCUACCAACCUGCUGUACCAGCUCAUGUACUGAGACGCCCGGCUGGCAUCGCCACCCGCCCCCCACUCCCUCCCUCCAUCGUCUUUGAAUAAAAGCUGCAACGUCAGCCCCCCAUCUCACAGGAAAUGUCCACAAAGUGCCAGCCUGUUCCUCCCCUGCACCCCCACCAUCCCCGACUCUGUGUAUGUCUCCCUCCCUCGCUUCACUGUCUGCACGGGUCCGUGUCAGUGUGCGUGCCCCCAGCCUGCGCGCGUGCCCCCAGCCUGCGCAUGUCCCAGUCUGCGCUUGUUCAUAUGAAUAUGUUCACGCUGUCUUACUCAUUCUCCAGUGCUGACUCUGCGUGUGUGUGUGUGUGUGUGUGUUUGUGUGUGUGUGUUUAUAUGUCUGUGUGUGUGUUUAUAUGUCUGUGUGUGUGUUUAUAUGUCUGUGUGUGUGUGUUUAUAUGUCUGUGUGUGUGUGUUUAUAUGUCUGUGUGUGUGUGUGUUUAUAUGUGUGUGUGUGUGUGUGUGUGUGUGUGUGUGUGUUUAUAUGUGUGUGUGUGUGUGUGUGUGUGUGUUUAUAUGUCUGUGAGUGUGUGUUUAUAUGCUGUGUGAGUGUCUUUAUAUGUCUGUGAGUGAGUGUGUGUGUUUAUAUGUCUGUGAGUGUGUGUGUUUAUAUGUCUGUGUGUGUGUUUAUAUGUCUGUGUGUGUGUUUAUAUGUCUGUGUGUGUGUUUAUAUGUCUGUGUGUGUGUGAGUGUGUUUAUAUGUCUGUGUGUGUGUGAGUGUGUUUAUAUGUGUGUGAGUGUGUGUGUUUAUAAGUCUGUGAGUGUGUGUUUAUAUGCUAUGUGAGUGUGUUUAUAUGUCUGUGAGUGAGCGUGUGUUUAUAUGUCUGUGAGUGAGUGUGUGUGUUUAUAUGUCUGUGUGUGUGUGUUUAUAUGCUGUGUGAGUGUGUUUAUAUGUCUGUGUGUGUGUGAGUGUGUUUAUAUGUGUGUGUGUGAGUGUGAGUGUUUAUAUGUCUGUGAGUGUGUGUUUAUAUGCUGUGUGAGUGUGUUUGUAUGUCUGUGAGUGAGUGUGUGUGUUUAUAUGUCUGUGAGUGAGUGUGUGUGUUUAUAUGUCUGUGUGUGUGAGUGUGUUUAUACGUCUGUGUGUGUGUGUGUUUAUACGUCUGUGUGUGUGUUUGUAUCUAUAUGUCUGUGUGUGUGUUUAUAUGUCUGUCUGUGUUUAUAUGUCUGUGUGUGUGUGUGUGUGUGUGUGUGUGUAUAUUUGUGUGUGUGUGCGUAUAUAUUUGUGUGAGAGAGAGAGAGAGUAUGUGUGUGUGAGUGUGUGUGUAUUUUUUUGUGUGUGUGUGCACGCGAGACAGAGAGUGUGUGUGUGUGUGUGUGUGUGUGUGUGUGUGUGUGUGUGUGUGUGUGUGAGAGAGAGAGAGAGAGAGAGUGUGUAUUGUUACUGGUCACUGAGUUACCAAGUUGGAAAUGCAGCCCCACAGUUCCCAGGCUUGGUAUAACGUUGGGGGAAUUCUGUGUAUGUUUACAAUUCAAAAUGGACCUGCGUUUUAGAUCUAGGCUGACUGCAUGGAGCAGGAGUCUCUGUCAAGCAAAAGUGACUAUUUAUUACAAAUAAAUCAGUUUUAACUACUGAGAAA